AUGUCGGCCCUUUUGAAAAACGUCACGAAUUGCAUAUGGCACGCGUUUGACUCGCUUCAAAUUAAUCAAGUGGUGCACAAAUCGAAACUAAAGGUAUUAACGGCAAAUAUAGGCACAUUAUUAGAUUUAUAUGGUGUAGAGAAGGGCCUGGACCACUACAGAUCGUCCCAGGAACUAACUUUCGAUGAGUUCAAAUACUACUUGCAGCACGAAGUGUUCAGUUCUCUACCCAAGACAUUGAAUUUGCCAGUUGCUAGAGAAUUUGAAAAGAAGAUAAGCGAGGUGUGCUGGUUUGUUUGUAAGAAAAAUCUACUCACUCGUGAAAAACCGAUCUUCACCGACGACUCUGUAUUCAAAUUAUUCAGGAUCUUCUGCCUCCUCGCAGAUUUGGUGCAAGAUGCUGAUGAUACCAGCCGUUAUGUGGUAGUUCUUCAACCCUCAGAAGCAGGUAUAAUCACUGAACAGCUGGUACACUGUCUAGGCUUAAGAUGGGAUGCUACAGACUGGGAGGCGCUCGGCUCCUCUAUAGGACACUUCAAGUGGGCAGCGUUCCUCGCAGUAUUGGAAGCGAAGUACUGUUGCGAUCAGCAAUUGCAUUCAGAAGCUUUAGUAGAGGCUGUAGAUGAAAUAUAUGAUGUUUUUAUUGAGGAUAUUAUUAAAAAGGGAUACCUCUAUAAACGUGGUUAUCUCCUGCCUACAAUGCGAGAAUAUUGGUGUGUUCUCCAGCCUUGUGCCUUAACCUAUUAUAAGAGCUCCUCGCAAAAGGACCAAUGUGGAAGAAUUUCUAUAGACGCGUACUGUUCUGUUGAAGCGGCAGUAGGGGAAGGGAAGAUACAGCGGUUUCAGCUUAUCACUCCUGAAAGAACUUUUGAAUUUGGCACUCAGGAUCAUAAGAGUCGCCUGCAAUGGCUGUCAGCAUUACGUCAAGCGGCCGCAGUAUCAGGCGGAGCUGAUGGCUACCAGAGACGCGCGCGCGCAGGUCGGCGCGGCGCCGGAGCACGGCGUGAGCAAGAAGUCAAAGAAGCUAGGGCAAGACUACAACUUGAAGUUCGCGCGAGAUUAGCAGCUGAAGCACAAGCUCAGGAAUUAGCAGAAUUAGCGCAGCAAGAUAAUAAGAAAUUAGAAGAAUUGAAAAAUGCUCAGACGGAACUAGAGAAACUAUUGCAAGAAGAAACACAAGCGAAAAGAGACGAAGAAAUAGUUAGAGCUUUACAAGCAAGAGUAUUAGCUGAGGAAUGGGAAAGACGUGAAGAGUUGGAGAGGUUACAAGAAGAACAAAACAAGAUGCUAGAAGAAGAAAGACUGAAACGGAAACAAUUCGAAAUGCUUCAAGCUGAAAAGGAAGCGCAAUACAGGGAGGCUGAACGUCGAUUAAAGGAACUAGAGGAAGAGAAACAGAAGUUAGACGCAGAGUUAAAGGCAGCUCAAGCAAAGAUCUCUCAAACAGAACACAACGCGCAUGCGCUUCAUGUACAACUUAGGGACUUGAAUCCAACGCUGCGUAACGGGGAAAGAGCGCGUCGCGCUAUCUCCUUCGUGCCUACAACGAAAAGUUCAUCUGACACAUUAAUCGAUCUCCGAGCUUUGAGGCAUUUGAAAACUUUAAACGACGACGAAAAAAUA